AUGUGUAAAAAACACUACUACGGCGUUUCAGAGCAUGCGAAAGAUCCCUACAACCACUACGACGAACCAUACUUCGAGUCAGCCACUUCGGCUGCCAUGUGGGAUGACUCUUAA